GCCGCGCGCCACUCGCACAGAACGCACAACCUGAAGCGCCACGGGUGGCUACGGGCACUGUCGCAGCGCUCUCGCACAUAGGUCGUCUCGCACAGCCAGCCGCGCGCUCUGUAGAGACAGGUGCGACCGCCAGUUGCUCCCAACAGAACCGCUGCCAAACGGUACCCACGCCGCAGCGCUCCUCUCGACAACAACAAAUAGAAAUGGCCUCCCAGGAGCGCCGCUACGUCUCGCCCAGCAAACCGGGCAAUAAUGCGGACCCCGCGUGGUUACGACGGCAGCAGCGCUUCUUCACGGCUUAUGUGAAUUCCAAACUCAAUAAAAGGGACGACGUAAAUGCCGUGACCGACCUCUUCGAAGAUCUCAAGGACGGCCGCGUCCUGAAGGCCUUCGUGGAAGAGCUGUCCGGGACGACGAUCGCCGGCAAGCAGACUUCUGGAAGUACUAUAAUACAGCACGUCGCCAACUUAACGCCGACCUUCGCCUUCAUCAAGUCCACGACGAAGAUUGUCGGCAUCGGCCCGCAAGACGUCGCCGACGGGAAUCCCGGGUUAGUUCUUGGUCUGCUGUGGUCGUUGAUCGUCUUCUUCGCUUCGAGGGAUCUGGGCGCGAAUCAGACGAAGGACCUCAAAAAAACAUUAUUAGAUUGGGUCCAGAAAAGAUGCGCAAGACGCGUGCAUGUUGACGAUCUAGGUGCGAGCCUCGCGGACGGCCGCGCUUUCUUAGCGUUACUGGAGGACGAGGGCUUCGCGUAUGAACCCUCAAAAGACGCGUCGGACAAUCUAAAAAGGGCCUUCGACCACGCCGAACAGGCGUACGGCGCGCCCCGACUAUUAGAUGAGACGGACGCCGACUUUUGGAGAGAGGACAAGGCCGUCGUCGCCUACCUCGCGGAGCUCGUCAAGCGGCUGCCCGAGCGCAAGGUCACUGGAAGGGAGGCCGUCGAGGCCGUCGACGCGUGCUUUGCGUCGGGUAUCGUUGCGGACUGCGCGCGCGAUCUCGACGGCGUGCUCUCAACCUUAUCUUCAUCAAAGGGCUGGCUCGGCGGUCUACUCACGCAAAAGGUGCCGUCCGUGGCCUUGAUUGUCGAGGAAUCGAACGCUUCAAUAGCCGUCGCCGUAGCUCGGGGCCAGCGCGAGGCUUCAGCAAGGAGCUGCGACCUGCACGUUAUUGUUGUGAAGAAAGGAGACGACGUCACCGCCCUCCUCAAGGAGCGCUUCGAUGAUAAACCGCCGGACUACGUGCUCGUCGACGCGCCGGGGUGUACGACCGUGCGCGGCGCGGCGCUGUGCUUUGCCGCGCCCGGGGCCUGCGCCGUCGACGUGUCGACACGUCUCAAGCAGGAAAGCGGCGUCGAUUCGGCGGAGGUGGACGUGUUAGAUGCGAACCGCGUGCUCUGCGCGUGUUUGCGGAGCGCGACGGCCGUGUCACUGCCCGGCACCGCCGACGCGGAGGCUGAGGAGGCCGCCGAGGCCGCCGGCGCGGCCGACCUGCUGAAAUCGCGGGCGCGUGUCGCCGCGCUGGCGCCGACGGACGCCGCUGCGGGCACCUUCCCCUGCACGUCGUCGAUCGCCUCGCUCUCCGUCCGCGUCGCGCCGGGCGUCUCCGCCGAGGCCGCGUCGUCGAUGGUCGGCGACGCGCUGCGGUCCUGCGCCGUCGUCGACUUCGGGGCGGAAGCCGAGGUCUUCGCCACAUCAGCGACGGACGGUUUUUGUUCCGCGCCGGGCCUCGACCUCGCCGCGCGGUUCCGGGCGGCCUGCGUCUCUGAAACUCCCGACGCGAUCGUCGUGGCGCCGACGGUCGCUGCUAGAUCCGUACCGGUCGCCGCGGCCGCGUACCGCGCGCUCGGCGCGGCGACGUUCGCUCUGAGCCUGCGGUCGGCGAACGACGCGGCGUCGCUCCAGGCGUCGGCGCGGGUCCUGGCCCGUAUUGUGUCGGGGGAGGCGCUGCCACCCGCGGCCGUCGAGGCGGCGGAGUAAGUUUACGUG